UAAAAGAAAGAAUAAAUAAUUAUGAUAUUCCUAUUUCAGUGCACUGUUAUUGUAACCUUAUUUUUAAUUGAUUUUGGCAGUAUUAUUACAUUUGAUGUGAAAAGUUUGUAUUCUAAUACGGGAUUUUUCAAUAGGGUCGAUUAUUGGAUGUUUGUUAAUAAGUGGACAUGUGCGUUUUAAUCAUUGAAAAUUUUUGCUUACUUCAACAAAGAAAAUUUUGUUUGUACUCAAAAGGGUUUUGUGGGGGGUGGGGUGGAGAGCUAGUAACUCACAAGCAAUAAUGUAAUAUCAAACUACAUAGAUUACAAGACAAAGUUUACCAAGUUCAUGAAAAAGUAUUUAUUAUAUUAUUCUAAAACUCGCAAAUCUGGUCGUUGGUAAAACUCGAAUUCCCAACGAGAGAAGCACAGAGUUACUUGAGCUCAAACCUCUCAAACAACAACGAUUCUGGACCGAUUUAUAUAAUGAUUCGCACGGGGGAGAACUGGGGAAUUUCGUUUUCAUCCAAACAAACAGACAAAGAAAUAGCUGGGAAUAAUUGAUCAGUGAUUGAACCCCUCUUUCAAUUUCGGAUGAGGUGUGCAAAAGGCUCCCACAAGAGAGUUGAUGGAAUGAAACUAAGGAAAAGAUUAUAAACACGCAAAUGUCGGUAUCCGAAAUGCAUGAUAUGAUUCAGCUUUUGUUGCCAUUCACAAUGUUUGAAACACAUAAACAAUACAAACAAAAGAUUGCAAUUAGGUCGAAUCCACAGCUAAGGGAAUGUUGUCUUGUUGUUUAUAACUUCCAAGAAUUAUCUUCUUAGGGGAGCCCUACCCCAGUACAAAGUCAAGAAUCAAUCAAAAGAAAAGGAUUGGUAUUCUAUCAUCCCAGAAUAAUUCAAGCCUUCAAGGGGGCCUAUUAUCUCUUGUCUUAGUGGAUGGACAAACAAACCACAUAAUGACCUAAGGGGAGAAUGACAAACUAGUUGAGUGCGGGUUUGAACUUUCAAUCAUUCCUCUAUAUCGAUAUUAACUUUGGCAAAUGGCGAUCGAGUCAUAUGUCUAUCUUACUAUCGCGUAUCGAAUGUAUGAAUUAUAUGUUACCACCGUGCCCUGACAUUUGAAAAAUCAACGUAAAUACUAAUAUAAAAAUCUUAUCUUUAUCAACCCAGUAACACAAAAAAGGACACAACCCUGCUUUUACAGGGCCUAAGACAAUAGCCUAACAAAGGGCACAAUGGAGAACAGCAUAAUGAUACAAUCAAAACCUGAUAGAAGACGCCAAAAUACAGUUGGGUUCACUGUAUAUUUCACAUGAAAGGCUGCUCCUGGUAGAUGACAAACAAUUAAAAAGGCUUAAUAAUAUUGGUGUACUUCAAAGAGGAGGCCCUCAUUCUAGCCAUAUGUGAUCAUUGAUUUCAUUAUACAUUCUUCUCUAUAUUAGUAGAGUGGGGCACAUCUGUAUAGCCAUUUCAAAAGCUGCAUUAUAUUUAUGAGGUAGACAGAGGAGUAAAGAAGAUGGACGGUAUUAUAAUGUUCAGGUAUGAUGGUGUUAUAAAUUUAGAGUCAAACUUUUUUCAAAAAAAAAGAAGCUCUCUUAAUUGAGGGAUUAGUUCACCUGUAUUUUGUCUUGCAGAGACAGUAUCCAGAUAAUAAAGGGCAGAGAAUUUAUAGCAAAACUUACUUUUGGAUUAUAAGGUUCCAUCAGCAUCAGGAGAAAGCUAGCACAACAGUAAUGGACUCUUCUAAUAAUAUUGGAGACACAGAAGAAUGCAGCAGCAAUGAAUCUGGAUGGACUAUGUACAUUGCUUCACCAAUCCAGGAAGAUAAUCCCGACGAUGACGACGAUGAUGACAGCAACCAUGAGAGUGGCACUGAAAGGAGAGAAUACAAGGAUUUCUAUUACGACGAUGGAGGAGACGGCGAAAGUGACGAUUCCAUGGCUUCUGAUGCCUCUUCUGGUCCAAGUCAUCAAGGAGGACCUUGUGUAACCAAUAAAGGAAGCCAUGGGAGGGAUUUCCUGGAGCAUGCAGGAGGCUCGGAUGACAGAAGAUCUACAGGCCAUAAAUCAUACAAACAGAUUGAGAAAAAGGAACGUGCUCAGAAACCAAAACCAGAAAAGGAGCAGCAGGGGCGCAAGGUAAAUAUUUCCACUGGUGAUGUUUACAGUAAAGGCAAGUCUAGGAAAAAUAAUAGAGAAGACAGGCGCUCUGGUGCUGCUGGUUUGAUUGCAAACCAGGAAUCCCAGCGCACAAGGGACACAAUUCUUGAUGUUGCAGCAGAUAGAAAACCAGGUCAAGACAUGCUAGAUUCUCAGAGCGCCCCAAGUAAGCAUUAA